AUGAAGAAUACCAAGGCAAUGAAAUCCUUCGGCGAUACACCUAGAUCCGACAACUCGCCAGAGCUUUCUAUUCAUUUCAAACCUCUAAAUUUAAACGAAAGUUUAAACUCGACUAAGAAAUCGGCUACCAAACGACAAAAACCAAACAGUAUCCAUCAGUCCGGUAGCCCCAAAAAUCUACCAGCAUCAGCUAAAAAAACCACAGGUGUGAAAUUACUGCCGCCAAAGACCGCAAAGAAAGACUACACAACGUCAGAGUCUGACAGUGAUUCGCAAGAUGAGCCUCCGAAGAAGACAGUCGCCGUCGCUAAGCCGGCCGUGAAAGCAGGAGUGGCAGCUAAGGCAGCAGCAUUGUCGAAAAAGGCGUCUUUUUCCUCAGAUUCUGACAGUGAAUCUGAAGAUGAGCCGCCAAAGAAGACAGUUGCCCUUGCUAAGCAGAAUGUGAAGCCUGGAAUGGCAGCCAAGGCAGCAGCUAUGUCGAAGAAGCAGUCUAGUUCCUCAGAUUCGGACAGUGACUCAGAAGAUGAGCCGCCAAAGAAGACAGUUGUUGUUGCUAAGCCGGUGGUGAAGCCUGGAAUGGCAGCCAAGGAAGCAGCAACGUCUAAGAAGCAGUCUAGUUCCUCAGAUUCGGACGGUGACUCAGAAGAUGAGCCCCCAAAGAGGAAAAUUGCCGUGGCUAAGCCGGUGGUGAAGAAAGUGCUAGUGGGGAAAGUAGCCGCAAUUUCCAAGAAGGCUUCUAGUUCCUCAGAGUCGGAUAGUGAUUCAGAAGACGAGCCGCCGAAGAAAACAGUCGCCGUUGCUAAGCCGGCAGUGAAGGCAGCAGUGUCAGCUAAACAGGCCGCAAUGUCGAAGAAACAGUCUAGUUCCUCAGAUUCUGAUAGUGAUUCGGAAGAUGAGCCGCCGAAGGAAGCCGUAAGCGCGGUUAAACCGGUGGUAAAGGCUGCAGUUAAACCGGCAGUAAUUUCGAAGAAGGCGUCUAGUUCCUCAGACUCAGAUAGUGAUUCCGAAGAUGAGCCGCCAAAAAAGACAAUUACCGUGGCUAAGCCGGUGGUGAAGAAAGCGCCAAUAGGGAAAGCAGCCACAAUUUCUAAGAAGCAGUCUAGUUCGUCAGACUCAGAGAGUGAUUCAGAAGAUGAGCCGCCGAAGAAAACA